AUGGGACCUUUGAAUUUCUUUCCAGCCCUGGUUCUGUCCAUGUGCUGUCAUGUUCAGUUGGCAUUAGCUUGGACGGUGAAUAACUUCCUCAUGACUGGACCUAAGGCUUUCCUGACUUAUGCCGGCAGCGUGCAAAUUGGCGCACAGAGUGGAAUACAUGAGUGUAAACACCAGUUCGCGUGGGAGAGGUGGAAUUGCCCAGAAAACACGCUCCAAUUAUCCACACACAACGGCCUCCGAAGAGCCACAAGGGAGACGUCUUUUGUCCACGCCAUCAGCGCGGCCGGAGUGAUGUACACGCUCACUAAGAACUGUAGUAUGGGAGACUUUGACAACUGCGGCUGUGAUGACUCCAGAAUUGGACAGACAGGUGGUAGAGGGUGGAUUUGGGGAGGCUGCAGUGAUAAUGUGGCGUUUGGAGAGAAAAUCUCCAAGCAGUUUGUGGACGCGCUGGAAGGUGGGCAUGACUCACGCGCAGCAGUCAACCUGCAUAACAACGAGGCAGGCAGACUGGCAAUCAAAGCGACCAUGAGGAGAGCCUGUAAAUGUCACGGAGUGUCUGGAAGCUGCAGCAUCCAAACCUGCUGGAUGCAACUGGCCGACUUCAGAGAAGUGGGCAACUACCUGAAGAUGAAGCACGAACAUGCAAAAAAACUGGAGAUGGACAAGAGGCCGGUGAGGGCUGGAAACAGCGCGGACAACCGGGGAGCUAUAGCGCAUGCUUUCCGGAGCAUCGCCCGCACAGAGCUCAUUUACUUGGAGGAUUCUCCGAAUUACUGUGUCAAGAACCACAGCCUGGGAUAUCCGGGCACCGAGGGGCGAGAGUGUCUGAAGGGCGACAAGACAAUGCCCCUGCGGGAGAGAAAGAGCUGCCGCAGGCUGUGCUAUGAAUGCGGCCUCAGAGUGGUGGAGAAGCGCAUCAAUGUUGUGAGCAGUUGCAACUGCAAAUUCCACUGGUGCUGCACAGUGAAGUGCGACAAAUGCACGCAAGUUGUUACUAAAUAUUACUGUGCGCGUAAAGAAGGUGGGAGAAGACCUCAUAAUAAAACGAAGCGCAGGCACCGUGCGCGCCGUCACUGA